CAUCUCUGCAACCAUGGGUCUACCAAUCACCACCACCGCCUCCAUCAGCGUCCCGGAGGCCAACUCCUUCGGAGCCACCGUCCUCCAGCCACAAGGCGACCACAAUUCCAACGGCCGUGGCGGCUGCCCGUUCAUCGCCAACACCCACAACAACGGCACUCCAGAUACUGCCCAUGCCAACAUCACCCAACAAGCAACGCCAGCGGCAUCGGCCGCGCCGUUGGGCAUCUUGAAUAAGCUGGAGAACCGCACCUUCACCGGAAGGGGCUUCAAUACCAUCUUCCGCCCCCACAGCACCACCUCUCCUACUGCAUUGCAUGCCACUCCCGUGUUGGAGCCGCCCUUUAUCCCGGACAACAUUCUCCAGCUCAACAUCACGCACGAGACUCAAGUGUUCGCUCCCGGUCUCGGAAAUGUCCCCAACCGUGGACUGAUGAAGCAGGAGGAUAUUGACCUUAACGGCGUUCCUUACACUCAGACCAUUCAUGAUUUCACGGAGGCGGAGACGAAACCUCCCGUCAUCCACUUCGAGCCUGGUCUCUGGAUGCACGUUCCCGCGACCACUAUCCCCAAGCUCAAGACCUCCCUUGCUCGCAUGGCUUCCAUCCCGCACGGCACCACCAUCAAUGCCCAGUGCUUCUCGGAGCCCUCCUUCAGUCGUGGGACACCAAUCAUCCCCGAAGUCGACAUCACUCCUUUCCCGGUCGGCGGCGGCAAAAAGAUCCACUUCCCUAGUCAAGACGUAGAAAACCCUGCUACCUUCCGCCUCCCCCAAGACCUCAACAAGUUCUUGCAAGCCAAUACAAUCACCCGAGAGAUGGUCAAGAACCCCAACAGCGUCCUGGAGCUGGCCAACAAGGGCAAGACCAUCCUCGAGAACACCUCGUACAGAAUCACAACCAAGCCCGAGGGAACCAACCUCGGCGGCGGCACCUCCAACAUCGGCUUCCUCGUCGGCGACGGCCAGCAAACCCUCGACCUCCUCAGCCGCGCCAACGCAAACGCCACCCGCAUGGAAGCCCAGUACUGGAUCUCCACCGUCCACACAAAGAUCCAUCUCGAGCCGUGGAAGGGACCCUCAGAGCACCAGCGGUGCAAGCAUUUCUCCCCGCUGCCCCUCCGCGAGGGCGAGGAGGUGCCCGUCUUUGAGGUCCACUUCCCGAUCCCGCAGGCAAAGACCGUGAGCGUGGAGUAUACCCAGCUCCAGUACACGCAGAAUGUCACACUGGACUUUGCUGGGCUGAGCUGGCCGCAUGUUACUGUUGGUACGCUUGUGCAGACAAGUCCUACGGUGUUGCAUGCUUCGAUUCUGAACCAGAAGGAGUGAGUUUGAGACUUACGGUUGGGCAUCUUCUAUGUUUACUAGCCAUUGACUUGGUUAUUGUUUCUUUUGUCAAACUUGAAGUAAUAUGGGCUCAGCACCCGGUACUAGCUGAGUCCAUGGAAAAGGAAAAUUGGACCGCAGAUCGAGAAAGCUUGCUGCGCCAAUGAGGAACAAGCAACCACGAGGAUGUACCCACCUAUAGCUCCUAAUAAAAUGAG